CACGACGACACGAGGAUGUCGCAGUUGGUCCCGAGCCGCGGAUAUAAGCUGGUGACGCCGGACGACGCGAGAACGUCGCGAUCCAUAAUGAAGGCAGCAACCAGUAUCCUUCUCGGUCUCGUGGUUCUUGCAGCGCUGGCCUACUGCCACGCCGAAGAAAGGCCUGACCAUGAAGAGCACGGGUACCUGGCCAGGAAACGCGGAGACGAUGACGACCAAGACGCCAAGAGCCGUAGAAUUGCUGGUGAAAAAUCCGGCAGCAAGACGGCCGGGAAAGUUAGGGCGAAAGAUAAGCAAAAGUACAAGAAAGGAAACGAAGGCAGCGAAGAAGAAUAAACGUAUGCGGCAGCAGGGCAACUGGAAUAUUAUGACCCUUUGGCAAACUCUGUAGCCAGCAAAAAUUAAAAAAAGAAAACCA